UAAAACCUUCUUUGGCCUAUAAGUAACGCUAAAAGAUGGAGUGAUCUCACUCUUUUUUACGGUCACAGGAGCGAUUAAAUGCCCGUUCUGCCCUCUUGGUCGUCGCUUCUCGAAGAACCCUUUCUCCAGAAAAAUGGGCUUCAAUGGUAGCAAUGAAUCUUCCAAACAAGCAAAUGAGAUGGUGCCUAGAAUUCAGUCAAUUUCUGAGAACACUAGUACCCGUAGUUGGUCCAAAGAUGCUUUGAGAGGUCAUAAGGCAGGCCUGAAUCAAAUUGAUACAGAGAAGUCUACUGUUUUUCUUCCAGGAUCAGAAGCCAAAAAUUUUGAUAUGGAGAAGCCGGUGGAUUAUACUGAAGGAUUGUCCGAAGAGAGUGACUAUAUGUGGUUGUCUUCAGAUAAGUCUUCAUCAUUGUUUAGUUCUGAUGACUCGCAAGAUAUUUGGGAGUUUGAUUGCAGGGAUCUGUCUAUCCAUGAUCGGUUCUCAUCAUCAUCAUUAUUAUCUGAAAGCUAUGAUUUUCUCUCUGAUAAGGGCAAAGGUUUUCCUAACUUUGAUGGAUUUAGAAUGAGUCCUACAGGCGAGACACCCUUAGUUCUUAAUAGACAAUGUGAAGAUACUGAGGGGGAAGGUCUGAAGAAAGAAAUUGUCUUGCAGUUACAUGAAACUGUCAGAAAUAAGGUAAAACAUUCUCAGAAUGGGCAUUCUGAUAGUUGUGAUUCUUCAUAUGAGGUAUCUCUCAGUGAGGACUUGCCAGUUACUAAUAAUUCUUGUACAUCCUUCAAUACAUAUGAUGAUACGCCAUCUCGAGAUUUUGAUAGAACAGACAUAUGGGUUUCUUCAUUGGAUCUUGAAGAGGAGGAUUCCGAGUUGAUACAAGACACAGAACAAGCGUUCAACAUCUUUGAUUUGGAUUUUCCCAGCCCUUCCUUUAGUGCCAAACUGGAUUUCCAAAUCAGGCCUUCUAGCUAUUCUUCCAUAUCUUCUAUCGGCCAGACAGAUGAAGUUAACAAUGCCACAGGAGAAUCUGAUUUUGAUGAACCUCUCUUUUGGCCAUUUGAUCAUAACUCCUAUAGAUGCCUUGAAUUCAAGAGCUUCCUAUGCUUGUCACCUCGUAAGGAUGGAGGCAUUGAUGGUGUUUCAGGUCCUCGUGAAUCAAAAUUAGUCAGCUUGAGACUCCAUCAGGAGAACACUCCAGCAGGCAGACAAGUCAACAAAGGAUGCAGAAGGAGGCUUGCAUUCAGUCCAACACCAAAGUCAGCUGCUACAGAAUGUAAAACCAGAGGUUCUGACAAUAGUGUCCGGAAGUGUGCUGCCUCACCUUCAGGUUUGAGCAAAGCAACCAAAGCUUCUUCUGACCAGCAUUCAUGUAACAUUUCCAAGAAAAGAAGGCCGCCUCACCUAAAAAAUGAUGUGCCAAAACAUGCUAAUGGUCAGUAGAUUUUGUGUCGACCACUGCAAGAGUUUGGAGGUGGUAAUUUACAGGAUUUAGUCUUGGAAGGAGUUCUUGGAAAGUUAGUUGGGCUAAGUGAAUUUGAUGGUCAUGAAGGCAUCAAUGUAGACUUUGGGCAGGAUUUGUUUACUCUUUAUGCAUUACCUUGCAAGCAUACGAAGGUGAUGCCUU